AUGGCAGGAGGUGAUGUACAUGACACUAGGGCAUACACUCUUGCAGACACAGGCGCACAGGCUGCUGAGGAUGAGCCUGAGGGAUUUUCGAGUGAUCCGAGGGACCCAUCCGUGCUGACCGAGAUUGCAUCAAGGCCUGUCCCUACCAUUGAGGGGCUAGUUGCUGGGACAGGACUAAGUCCUCUGAUCGCGGGUUCGAUAGACACUAGCGAUCGGGGACUUUUGCCGUUGUUUGUCGAGCGGUGGCAGCGGGAGACUUCUAGUUUCGAUCUCCCUGUGGGAGAGGUGAUGAUCACGCUGGAUGAUGUCGCGUCCCUUCUGCAUCUGCCCGUGGUUGGCGACUUGCAUGCCUUUCAGCCCGUGCACGUGGAUGAUGUUGUACAGAUGCCGGUGGAGUUAUUGAUGGUCCCUGCAAAGGCUGCCAGGGUUGAGACAACACAGUGUCGUGGACCGUACGUACGCCUGCAAUGGGUACGUGAUAUCUAUGAGCGGCGAUGCCAGGCAGGACAUUGGAAACCCGCGGCUCGCGUGUUUCUUCUUCAUCUUCUGGAUUGCACUCUUUUCGCUAACAAAAGUGUAACCAAUGUUCAUGUUGUGUUUUUGGAGGCCCUUCGUGAUCUCAGUCAGGCUGGGAGGUACGCAUGGGGAGUAGUUGUGUUGUACUGGAUAUACGAGCACUUUCCCUCAGUCGCGGAGUCCACUGUUGAUCCAGACUACGACGAGGAUUCACCGCGUGCUUGUAGGUGGAUUGCUACAAAGAAGACUGUGAAGAGCAUACGUACACCGACGUACAGGGAGCACCUGGAUCGACUCUGGAUUUUGGAUGUCCGUUGGAUCCCAUAUGGGGAGCACCGACCAGUCCGAGACUUCCAUAUGAUUCCAUGCUAUUUCGGUCUGCUGCGCUGGGGGCCAGUUGUUGUGUAUUACUGA